ACAGGGAGGGUCAGGGAGUCAGGCAGAGAGGGAGCUGAGAGACUGACAAGCCUGUCAGCCCAGUGGAGUAGAUGAGCCGUCUUCCUGGAAUCAAGACAAUGACAUAUUUGUGUUUGUGUUGCUGAGUGUGGGUCUGGAUUGCACCUCAGGGCCCUGUGGACUCCCACCACCAGAAGCUCCACCAACAACACUACUACCACCACCAGCAGCAGCAGCAGCAGCAGCAGGUUCGACAGAGUGGAAUUUCCCCCCUCUCUCUCCAGGCUGGGGCUGGGGGCAGAUGGUCGCUCUCAGACUUUGAACAGGACUCAGGAAGGAGAGUGAGAGGAGAGGAAGGGUGGGAGGAGGGCUGGACAGGGAGAGAGGAGAGGAAGAGAAGUGAGGAGUGGACAGAAGGGGAGACAUGCUUCGCUACGGUUCAGGACGAAGUGUUUCCACCACCACCACCACGACAGAGGAAUCUCCAGACUCUGAGAGGAGGAUCAGACGUCUCAGGUUAACUCUACAUGCGGGAGACAAUGGCAGCAACGAGCCAAAAACAGCAAACUCAGACACAGCUCAGAGAGAGAAAGACGUCAGUGGCGCCUGGAAGAAGAAGAAUGGGCUGAUCCAAAGAGAGAGGCCAGCUGGCAGGGAGUCACCUCAGCAGCACCUCAGAGACACGGCCAAUGGGGUGCCAGAGUCCUCGGAGCAGCAUCAUGGGCCCAAAGUGUACGGCGUGGUGCAGAGGGCGGGCUCGGACAGACAGCAGGAGGUGAUGGCGCGAGAGUGGACGGUCACUCACCUUCACGAUGAGAUGAGGUACAUCAAGGAGGUGAGAGAUUCUCUGGAGAAGGUGAGAGAGAGGAUGUACGGGCAGUUUGGAGGAAUGCAGCAAUCCAUGCAGAAGCUUUCACAGGAAAUCAGGUCUGCUAACUCACAUCGCAGGAGUCUGGAGUCAGAGGUGAGGGUCCGGACGGCGGCCAUGGACAGCUUUGACCAGAUGAACAGCUCCCUCAUAUCUGCCAACAUCACCCUGCAGUGUCCUUUGCAGAAAUCCCUUCUGGAGAACUGUCAGAGCAGAGUGGACACCAAAGAGGAGGUGAAGAGUUUGCGGAGCACCUGUGAGAAAACACAAGAGAAGCUCAGGGACAAAGAGAGGGAGCUGGCCGCUGCGCAGGAGGAAAACCAGACUCUGAGGCUGCAGGUGGAGUGUUCGCGGGAAGCCAACGCUCAGGCGCUGCAGGAGCUCUCGGAGAAACUACAGAGGGAGCACGAUGAAAAGCUGCUGGAAGAACAACAGAAGCACAGGGAGGAGAUUGAAAACCUGCAGGCACAACUGGAUGAGUACAUCAGGCGACUGGAAGAUGCAGAAAGACAAAUCAGGACUGCAGAGGCCAAGAUCACUGAGAGGGACCAGAGGAUCAUUGAACUGGAGCGUCUGCUGGACUGUAUGGGCAAGGAAAAGAAUCAAUUCCAGAAGAAGCUGCAGGAUUGUGAACAGCGUCUCCGCUUGAUGGAGCUGACAGACACAACUGAUUCAACUGUGGCUAAAAGGUCCAAAGAGCUGCAGGAAGAAGCAGGGGAUCUCCGAGAGAGAAUCAAGCAUUUGAACGACAUGGUGUUCUGCCAGCAGAGGAAAGUCAAAGGAAUGAUCGAGGAGGUUGAAUCUCUACGAACUCAAGUCGCCCAGAAGGACAUGUUCAUCUCAGAGCUUCUGGACAGGAUAGCAAUAGUUGAGUGUGAGAAUAAUGAGUUAGAAGACAAGCUGAAGUAUUUUAUGUCCACACAGAAUAGGCCUCGAGAGGCUUUGGAAACCAGAGAGACAGGAGUAGGCUGUGAUUUGCUCCCCAGACGUGAAGUACAGAGUCAUGACACGCUUCAACCAACUCAUCUCCAUCCAAUACAACUCCCACCACUUGUUCUGCCGCCGCCAUCAAUGAAACCUCCAUCAGCCACAAACCCCUUAUCACCCACACAAUCUUCAUCACUCACACAAUCUUCAUCACCAACACAACCUCUCUCACCCACACAACCUCUGUCACCCUCACAACCUCUGUCACCCACACAACCUCUGUCACCCACACAACCUCUGUCACCCUMWCAAUUUCUGUCACCCUAUCAACCUCUCUCACCCACACAAUCUUCAUCACCCACACAACCUCUGUCACCCACACAACCUCUGUCACCCACACAACCUCUGUCACCCACACAAUCUUCAUCACCCACACAACCUCUGUCACCCACACAGUUUCCACCUUCCCUCCAGUUCUCAUCCUCCACACAACCUCUGCCCCCCACACAACCUUUACCCCCUCCACCUCUCCUUCAGCAUCCAUCCCUCUUUCUGACAAUGCCCACCCAACCGAGGACAUUCAAGCCAAGUAACCCUCCUCCCAGCAGGCUGGAAUCUAGUUUACUGAGAUUCACUCCUGUGGAAUACAGCCGCAUCCUGCUGUCCAACCCCCAGGGUGGGACGUCCCCCUACACCCGCCCGGCUGAACCUGAGCCGCCAUUGAGCCCUGGAAGAGACGAAGUGGACGCUGUAACGGACACAAAGUCAAGCUCAAAUCCGGAGGAAUCCAUGUCGUCCCAGGCAUCUACUCGAGCACGAUCGAGAGCACCUGGAGUUUAUACACCGUUCAUGAAGCUGAUGGAAAUCACAUCAAAGCUAAAAAUAGAACCAUCUUAAAGAAAUAGUAAUAUUUAUAUAUAUUCUAGAUGUUUGUGAAAUACACUUUACCUCUUGCUUUGCUGAGUUGCAUUAGAAGAUUGAGACCACUCCCCUUUUUACAAUACCAAUGAUGCAGUAAAUUAGCUUAGCUUAGCAUUAUGAACAUGAACAAAAGGGAAACAGCUGCAGGCUUUGUGCAAAAGCUACGAUCAGACUGUAGGCUCAACUGGACCAAUCAAAGUUUUCUGCUCAAAUAGCACAAGUCACAUAAAUGUGUUAGUUCCAGUUCACACUGGUGUCUGACGCUGGCCACAUUAUUGGCACAUUUUAAAAAUAACAUGAACUUCCAAACCAAAAAAUCGUAUCCGAGCAAUCAAUCCGAAUUGAGCACCAUGACCAAAGUGGCCAAAAUCUGCAUCUCUAAAGCUGUUGGAGGCAGUGAAGUGUAGAACUAGCAGUUUGACAGGUGUUUAAAAAAUGUACGUCUGGACAGAGAUUAGUCGAAUCAAUACAUUAUGAACAUGUGCAUUAAAUAUGUCUCUGUGGUUAAAGCCAAACGCAGUUACACAUAUGAAUGUGGUACUGAUCCUCUCUAUUCCUCAGCAAAGAAAGAUUACUUUUUUAAAAAAGGUUAAACUCUCCCUUUAAAACUGAGUAGGCUUUGGUCUGGUUGUAUUUAAAUGACCAUGUGUGACACUGAUCUCACUUUUACCAGUCAGAAGCUGACACAUGAAUGAAUCUGUAAUACUGUGGAACAGGAUUCUGGUCGAUGAUGAAAAGUCUUUUUUUUCUAUUAUAUUCAGAUUCUCUGUGUGCACAUAGUACUAUUAAUUGUGAUACAUGUUGCAGGGUGUAAAUAAUCUGAUACUCUGUCAAAAAAAAAUUGUAAAUAACAUAUUGAAGGAUUAUAAAUAUGUUUUGUUUACAGUAAACGUAGCCUACUCGUGUUGCUGAAGCAACUAUGACUACUCAGUCAGAUAUAAAGGUUAUUUGGUGUAUUUUCCUAUUAUUUUUUUAUUGGCUCUGUACAAAUUAAAUGAAUAUUAUUUUAUUACUGUCACAUUAUGUACAUUAUAUUUAUUAACAUGCUCUGUGCCUUUGGGAGUAGCCCGCUGUCUGAUACUGGUGGUGGAAAUGAAUCUCAACAGGGUAACAUAAUAACAACGAUAAUAACUGUACAUUUCUGUGGUGAUGAUAAAACUGUUAAAUUACUUUAAAAUCUAUUUACCGUAAUUAGGUGACUGCCAUGUCUGAGCCACUGGCACAAGUGUUAUCCAGCUGUUGACCUCACUGCCACCACUGUGAUGUGAAAAUACUUCAUGAUGUGCCUUUACCUUAUUACAACAUAUCAAACUGCAACUAAUGAGAUGAGGCCGGCAGAUGUUUGGCUAAUAAAGACUUUACUGUACAAGUAUUCUGACUGUGUCAAUGGACGUCCCCACUUAUACACAAUCAUACAUGAACAGAUGUCUGAAGCCAUGUAGCCUAUA